GGAGAGGGAGAGGGAGCAGGGAGGGGUGGGGUGGGGGGAGGCUGUCAGAAGCCUUGGAGCCCGCCUGCCUCCUGAGUGAAGCUUUGCUCAGAUGCUCACUGCCUGGGCCCCUUGAGUGUGGUUUUCCUCCCCGGCCAGCACCAAACCCCAGAAUAGUGCGGCUGACUUGCUGAUUGAGGUCAGCAGCUCCCCGGAGGCACGAGAAGCCAGAGCCUUUGCAGAAGACGGACUCACCAGAACAAACAUGAGGAGCGCAGCCAAGCCCUGGAAUCCGGUCCUCAAAGCGGGCAGCCAUGGGACAGACAGGGCGCGGCCCCUCCCGGCGGCGCCCUCUGGCAUGAAGAGUUCGAAAUCUUCUACCUCGCUGGCGUUUGAGUCCCGGCUCAGCAAGCUCAAGAGGGCCAGUAGCGAGGACAUGCUCAACAAACCGGGAAGUACCGCCGCUUCCGGGGUGGUUCGACUGAAAAAGACUUCAACAGCUGGAGCCAUCUCUGAGCUUGCAGAGAGCCGCCUGCGGAGCAACCCAGGGGCCGUGCCAACAACCAAACGGACAGGCAUUCCAGCUCCUCGAGAACUUUCAGCAACUGUCUCUAGAGAGAGAACUGUGCCAAGCGGUCCCUCCAACCCCAGGAAGCCGGUGUCCAGUCCAACUUCUUCCAGCACGCCCACCCCUACUAAGCACCUGAGGACCACUUCCACGAGACCCAAGCAAGAGCCUGAAGGCGGGGAGAAAGCUGUGCUCGAGUCCCAGGUUCGGGAACUUCUCGCUGAAGCCAAAGCGAAAGACAGUGAAAUUAACAGGCUUCGAAGCGAACUGAAGAAAUGAAAGGAAAAAAGGACUCCAGGCACCGAAGGAGCUGAGGCUUCAGAUGCCAGCCCAGACAGAACCUCCUCCUUGCUGGGUGACUCAGAACCCCUGAUAUGCACUCUAGAGGAGAAAAACAAGAGUUUCCAGAAAGAACUUGCAGAGCUCGAGGAGGAGAACCGGGCCUUGAGGGAGAAACUAACUUACCUGGAGCAUUCCCCAAAUUCAGAGGGGGGCGUGAGUCACACCGGGGACAGCAGCUGCCUGACGUCCCUAACUCAGGAGUCAAGCUUAGGCAGCCCGACGGGGCAUCAGUAGUCCAGGGACAUCGAGGAGUCCGCGAACAGCAGACAUGGAAAUGCAUUACGGACAUGGGGCUCUUUGAGCAGCGACCUUACCAAAGCUUCUCUGUCCCCCGAUGCCUCCGAUUUUGAGCACAUUGCAGCAGACACCCCUUCCCAGCCCCUGUCCUCCACCAACAACCCCUUUAAGGGCUCCAGGUGUUCGACCAGCGGCAGUUCCCCUAACAACGCGAGCGAGCUGUCCCUGGCCUCCCUCACGGAAAAGAUCCAGAAGAUUGAGGAGAAGCAUCACAGCACGGCUGAAGAGCUCCAGGCCACUUUGCAGGAACUGUCCGACCAGCAGCAGAUGGUACAGGAGCUGACCGCUGAAAACGAGAAGCUCGUGGAUGAGAAGGCGCUCUUAGAAACGUCCUUCCACCAGCACCGGGAGAGAGCUGAGCAGCUUAGUCAGGAAAACGAGAAACUCCUGAACCUCUUGCAGGAGCGGGUGAAGAACGAGGAGCCCGCGGCGCAGGAGGGAAAGAUCCUCGAGCUGGAGCAGAAGUGUGCGGAAAUCCUGGACCAGGGCCGCUUUGAAAGAGAAAAGCUGCUCAACAUCCAGCAGCAGCUGACCUGCAGCUUGCGGAAGGUCGAGGAGGAAAACCAAGGUGCUUUAGACAUGAUUAAACACCUGAAGGAAGAAAGAAAACUGAAUGGGUGUCUGGACCUGGAGCGGCGGAAUAACGGCGCAAUGGCCAGUCUGGAGGAGUGCAGAGCCACACUCGAAGGGCUGCGGAUGGAACACGGGUCGCUGAAGGCUCAUUUGGAGAACGAGAAGCAGAAGGCUACGGAGACCAGCCCUGUGGGGCACACGGCCGAGGGUCGUGAGGUUCAAGAGAUGUCGAGGGUUGCUCGCGCCAAGAAGGAGCAGCUGGAGCUGUCUUGCACCGAGCUCAAGCAACAGUUAGUGAAGGCCUACAGUGAAGUCAAACAUGUUUCGAGCCUGCUGGCCAAGGUGGAAAAGGAUUAUUCUUACUUGAAGGAGAUAUGUGACCAUCAGGCAGAACAACUGAGCCGAACCAGCCUGAAACUGCAAGAGAAAGCAUCGGAGAGUGAUGCAGAGAUUAAAGACAUGAAGGAGACCAUAUUUGAAUUGGAAGAUCAGGUGGAACAGCAUCGGGCUGUCAAGUUACAUAACAACCAGCUCAUCAGCGAGCUGGAAAGGAACGUGAUGAAGCUGGAGGAGCAAAAGUCAGACCUGGAAAGGCAGCUCAAGACCCUAACUAAGCAGAUAAAGAUAGCCUCUGACACCGGCGUGGCUUCUGGCAUUUUCAGGAGGAGACAGGAAUGGCGGCGCUUCCAGGCAGACCUCCAGACGGCGGUGGUGGUGGCCAAUGACAUCAAGUAUGAGGCCCAGCAGGAGCUGCGCGCUGUGAAGCGGAGGCUGCUGGAGGAAGAGGAGAAGAACGCCAGGCUGCAGAAGGAGCUGGGGGACAUGCAGAACCACAGCAGCUCCAUGGUCUCUGUCAGCUAGCAGAGCAUUUGCUGGAAGAAAGACAGCCCAGCCCUUGCCAUGAUGGGAAACUACAGCCAUUUCUAUAUGAAGGGGGGAAUAAUGUGGGAGAGAAAUUACCUCUUUACAAAGAGCCAGAUUGUCGCCGUGUAACAGCCACUGUUUCAUGACAGAGUCAUGGCGAUCAAGUCUCUUUCCCUUUUUUUCUACAUUUUGGAAUCAACCCAUUGCACAAUCAAAGAUGAUCCUUCCCUCUUUUUUCCCCCCUUCUUUCUUUUUCUCAGAAGAUUCGGCAGUCUUUUGUUUGGAGCAUAGAUGAAGUUCUUGAAAAAGACCAAGUACAAGCAUGGUGUGAAACUCACUUUUUUGUACGCAGCUAGGGUGUGCAGCGCGCUGGUGAAUGUGGCCCGUGCCUGUGUCUUACUUUUUGGAAUUUAUUUCUGUGUUUCCUCUUGAACAUGGUACCUGAUAAUCCUGGCAUUAACACUACUUACCGCAAACCAGGAAGCCGUCUGUGUCCCAUCUGGUUCUGAAGAAGCUAGCGGGUUCUGCUUCCCUUCUAUCAAGUCCCGAACGAGCCCUUUCCAACUGGGGUCUGAUGUCGUUACCUCAUCCAAAACAAGCCACCACUAAGUCAGGGUUGGAUUUCCAGAAUCUCCACUGGGCUCAACGCAAACUGAUGUUUGGCUGACCAAAAAGGAUGUAGUCGAGCCGGUUUGUUUACGUGGUGGCCGUGCCCUUGGGAAUCAGACUAAAAAUUAAGGAACAACUACAACCAGCGCCUCAGGAAUAAAACUUAACCCAGAAACUGAAAGGCUUUGAAUCCAGAAGUGGAUGAUUCAGAAUGGUCCAGAGUUCAGAGUGGGAUGUUGAACUUGGGAAGUACAUUAUUUGUUGAGAUCUGCACCUAAUUCAGUGGCUCCACGAGGCCCGGCCUCCCUCGGCUCUCACUCCAGGAGCAGCCGUGCCCUUCAGAUGGUGGCGGGUCUUCGCUACAUGUCCCCAGGAUGCGACAGGAGCUCCUGUCUGGUGGGAGGGCGUGAGGAACAGGAAGGCUCUUUAACGCAGGAGGACAGCUUGCCAUGUCCAGCUGGAGAGCCCAGAAUCCCUAGAAAAAUUUUGUCUGGUGGUAAAAGAGAGGAGAUCGGUUCCUCUUCUGUGAAAAUGGCUUUGACGCUCUCUGGCACUGUCCAGUACACCUACUGGGAGCUCUUUACCACAGACUGAGAUUUUCUUGGAAUGAUCCCACAUUUCACUUACCAGGUGUUUGCAAACGUAAACAAAAGGAAAAUCGCCUCCACUUCAGAUACACAGUUGUACUCUCAUUGAGUAUCCCGAUCUGCCUGUAGUCUGGGUACCGUUAAAUAUUUUUAUACGUAGGCAUUCAUGAAGUGCUAAAUAAAUACAUUAUUAUUCAGAA